AUGGUCAACUUACAGAAAUCCGAGCUGAGUUUCAGUCCAAACCUAAAGGAGGAAAAACGAAAUGAGCUUGUUGUUGUGAUGGGAAUGAAACAGGUAGCUGUUCAUGGGAAGUACCUCGGACUGCCCACUGUUAUCGGCCGGGAAAAGAAGGCAGUGUUUGAGGUGUUGGUGGAUCGCGUUAGGAAAAAGAUAAAACACUGGAAGAACAAGACGCUUUCAAUUGCUGCCAAGAACGUUCUCAUCAAGGCAGUUUCUUAA